GGGAAUCUCUGACAAUGAAGAAUAAUAUGGAUACCCAGAAGGACAAAUGAAAUGGGAGAUGCUCCCAGAAUAAACAGAAUUGAUGUUGAUGCCAUCAGGCACAAUAAUAUUAUUGGACCUCCGCAGAAUCCAAACUGAAUUAUUGUUGUUCCUGUCAGGAUCAUUGGGAACAGACUUUAGAGUCCAGACACAUGUACUAUUCUUUAUAUGAGGUGUAUGUUUCAACCACCUCCAAACCUUCACCAUCGCCUAAAGAUGAAAUAACACAAAAUAAUUUCUCACAUUUUUUAAUUAGAUUUUAAAACAAUAACAACAACAAACAUAAAUAAAUAAAUAAAUAAAUAAACCCUGUGUCUCUGUUUGUAUAACUCCCAAUUUUACUGGACCCACUGCAUGGAGUUUACUGGGUGGCACCUGGAACUUCAGAUCCCGGAAGAUGCACUGUCAGGAAUCCACCUGCCACGCCUCCUUCAGAGGCUGCCUUUGCCGCUGCGCGCUCCCAAGCGUGCAGCGCAAAUCACACACAGCUGAAGCGCAUCAUGAACUCUCUCCCUGCCUCCAUAUAAACCGCGCACUUACCUACACUCCGGGUCUGUUAUUAUACGUUCAUGCGUGGUCGUGCAGGUUCAUGCUGAGGAUUCCCUUAUGUGCUUCUCCCGCUGCGUGCCUUCUUCGCCCGGACUUCUCGCUCACUCCACGGCCGCGUUUGGCUUCCCCAGCGCACCUCGGACUACCGACGCUUCCCCGUCGCUUCCCUCCGUGCCCCGCCUCCUCCAUAACGCACCGUGGGUAAUAUAUUUGAACUGCCGUUUGCCCGAUUAUCCCGAACUGCAUGGGUGUUUUGUGUUGGCUCUGCCUUUGUCCAAAUAAAGUUUCUGUUUGCCGUUACUCCGGCUUCCGCCUCUGUGCCACGCCUAACAGAAUAACGGACCCCCGAAAAGGAAUAUACAAAAAAAAAAAGGAAAGAAAAGAAAGGAAAAAGACAUGAUCGGGUUAACGCCGUGGUCCCGGUGCGAGCCGUGCCUUGGAGGUCGGGUUCGUUUAGCCGAGAUCAAGCGGCAGUCAAGCUCCGCCCCCGGGAAAACUCGGAAGCUCGCAGCCGCUUCUCGGGCAUGCUCGGCAGCGCCACGCCCCCUUCAUGACGUCACAGGACUCCCGGCUUGCUUCUCCGGCAACAGAGCCGAAUGGAGGGAUUUUUUAAGGAGCGUGGAUCGAUAUGUGGAGUUAAACCCAGCCAGUUAUCCCACCGAAGAAGCGAAAAUCGCCCUCCACAUGUCUCUUCUACCCGAGGAAUCUCUCUCCCUUGCCAGAGAGCUGUGGAGCACGAUGGCGGGCGAGAUCAGCUCCUGCACCCGGUUCCUCCAGCUUCUCACCAGGGAACUCGGGAUAACCACGGCUGAUCACCAUCUCCUCUUCCCCGCUUCUGAGGACGCCGUUCCUCACCAGAGCUUCCAGGAGGUCACCACGCUGCUUCAGGCCCUCCAGGUCAGCUCCGCUCCACCAAAGGUCCUCCAAGGGAUCUCCGCUGUGCUCCAGGAAAUCCAGGCUGGCUCUGUUCGAUUCCAGGACCUCCAGGAGCUCUCCACUCUGCUCCAGAACCUUCCGGUGGGUCCAGCUCCGUUCCUGUGUCCCAAGGAGAGCCCAGCUUCGCUCCAGGUCUCCAAGGAAAACCCCGUUCCGCUCCAGGUCUCCGAAGCUGCCAAGAGUGCUCCUCUUUGCUCCAGGACCCUGACGAAAACUCUGCUCCGCUCCCGAUUCCCAAGGAAAGCAUGGUUCCACGCCAACGCGUCCCCGAGCAUACCUCUUUAUCCAAGGGGAUCCCGGAGCGCACAACUCACCUCCAAGACUGCGAAAGGGAAGUCGUCCCGUUGCCCCCGGGCUCCACGAAGCGACGGUUCGCCCACAGUCUCCCUGAGGCGAUGCCAUCUCUCGUUCCCCAGAGCUCUCCUCCGCUCCAAGACUGCGAAAGGAAGUCGUCCCGUUGCCCCAGGCUCCACAGGCGACGGUUCGCCCACAGUCUUCCAAGAAGUGACGGCUCGCCCCACGAUCACUCUGUAG